AUGGGGACCAUCCCGCAAAUAUACCUUGAUGACCGAGUAAUGGGCUUUCUACAAUAUAUUUGUGACCGUGAUUCAAGAACAGCAUUACUUAUUAUCUGCUCUACAAAAGACGUAUUUCUCGGCCGAUUAGUCGCAAAUACCUGCGCCCAGCCCAACAAGACCACUGAUAGUCACCAAUUGCUAACAAAAACUCUGGGACUACUUUCCAAGUCUACCAGAAUCAAACUGGCCUUUUGUCCAACGUUGGAGCAUCUUCGAGCUUAUAUCUCCGUGAUUCACCUGAAAAACGGUUCCGAGCAAGAGUCGAUUGCCGGCGAGAGGAAACGUGCGCACCGACCCUUACUAGCGAUUCUUGAUCUGGUGGCGCUGCAUUUAUCCACUUCUGAAUUCUCUGCUCAGGGGCUGUCUAGAACGUUUGCUGCUGCUGUAGAAACUUCUUCACGGGAGCAAAUGGACCUUGUGCUUUGCGAGUGUCAAGACUCUACAGGCUCUGACAAUGAUAGACGUGGUGGAGCAUUGUGGCAUGUCUAUGUGCCAUUACUCAAUAGUUCUGUGCGAACAGGAAGAGACGAAAGUACUUGGGGUGGACGGACUGUUCCUGUGAAGCAAAUAGCACAAAGAUGGUUUGAAUUCAGUAGCUCCGACAGUCCCACCACGAGUAUCGCGGGUCUCUAA